UUUAGAAAAUAGGAAAAUAGCACAUCUUUAAAAAGCUUUCCCUUUUUUUUUUGCUUACGUUUUUGCGUUCGUAUGUUAAUUAAUAAAUUUGCGUAAUUUUAUUUUUGCAAUAUUCAAAUAUUUUAAAUGGGAAAUUAUGCAGUUCUAUUUUAAAUCUUUAAAAGAUUUUUGUGAUAUUUGGAUAACAUUUCAAAGAAAUAUACAUACAUAAUAUAAAAAAAAAGUGGUGUUGUAAAGUUGUAAAUCAGCAAAUAAUACCACAUAUCUACCCACAUAUUGAGGAAGAAGAAAGUAAACAAAAACAAAGAUGUUAAUGACUAAUAUGGGUCAUGUAAUGACCCUAGCCAAUAGUAUUAUUGGAGUAGGAAUAUUGGCCAUGCCCUUUUGUUUUCACAAGUGUGGGAUCGUUUUAUCGAUUUUGUUGCUAGUCUUAAAUUAUUUAGUUACUAGGAUCUCCUGUUAUUAUCUUAUAAGAUCAGCUCUAUUAGCUAGAAGAAGGAGUUUUGAAUUCCUAGGUUUUUAUGCAUUUGGUUCUUCUGGUAAAUUAAUGGUUGAACUUUGCAUUAUUGGGUACCUGAUUGGAACUUGUAUAGCCUAUUUUGUUGUCGUAGGUGAUUUGGGACCGAGAAUAAUAGCUAAAAUAUUAGAUUUAAAUGAAAGUGAUAAUUUAAGAACAUGGGUCAUGAUAAUUGUUACUAUCUUAUGUAUAAUCCCAUUGGGAUUAUUAAGAAAUGUUGAUAGCUUAUCAGCAGUUUCAACAGCGUCUAUCGGUUUUUAUAUUUGUUUAGUUUUAAAAGCAAUAAGCGAAUCUCAAGCACAUUUAAUGGCUAAUGACUGGCAUGAAAAAGUUAUUUAUUGGGAUCCAGAUGGGAUACUACAAUGUUUACCAAUAUUUUCAAUGGCCUGUUCAUGUCAAAUGCAAUUGUUUGAAGUAAUGGAAACUGUUCCAAAUCAUUCAUUAGAAAAAAUGAAUUCAAUUGUAAAACAGUCUACAAAAAUUUGCACAUGUGUUUAUAUAAUGGUUGGUUUAUUUGGGUAUAUAGGAUUUUGUACUAUUCCUUUUACAGGAAAUAUUUUAAUACAUUUCUCGCCGACAUUAAGCAGUGAGGUCAUAAAACUUGGAUUUGUUCUUUCGGUUGCAUUUAGUUUUCCACUUGUAAUAUUUCCGUGCAGAGUCAGCAUAUAUUCAUUAAUUUACAAACGGGGACAUGGAGAUGCCUCAACUUAUAUUCCAGAGAAACGUUUUAAAGUCAUCACAGUUUCAAUAGUUUUAAUUUCAUUGCUAGUUGCUUUAAUGAUACCGUCAAUAGAAUUAGUUAUAGGUUUAGUUGGAUCUACAAUUGGAGUUGCUAUUUGUGUUUUGUUCCCGGCUUCAGUUUAUUUAAAAAUGUUCUCUAAAAUUCGAACAUUUGAAAAGACGGUAGCUCAGGUGGUUUUAGUUGGAGGAUUUUUUUUAAUGAUACUUGGAACUUACGCCAAUUUAAAUGCUAUUGAUGAAAAACGAUCUGGUAUUUCAACUGAAGCAACAGAGAGAUCUGUAAUUUUGCAGAAUAAUUUUCAUCAGUCGGAUUUAUCUAUCGCAGAUAAACUUGCCAAAAAGGAAAUAGAACAAAAUUUUGUGCCAAAACUCCCACCUAUUAUACCUACAUCAGAUUCAUUGAAAGCAAAUAUAUUAGAACCUAAACUUCCUUUUGAAAACCCACCAAUAAUUAAAGAAAACCCGAAAUUACCUUUUGAAACAAAUAAAAUAAUUGAAGAAGAAAAAAUAAGUAAUUUAUCUAAUUUGAAGCCACCUAUAGAAAGUUCGAAAGUGUCACCCGAACCACCGAAACCAGCUAAUAUUGACAAAUAUAAAAUUGCUACACAAAAUAUAAAAUCAAUUCUGCCGAACCAAGUUAUAACUAAUGAUUCUAAGGUAAUUGAAAAAGCAUCAAAAAUUCAACCAAAUAAACUUGAUGUUGGUAGUCUUGAUCAAUCAAUAAAAACUAGUGAUUUCAAAGAAAAUUCAGUUAUAAAAACUAAAAAAGAAGAAAAUAUAAAAGACACACCUUUAGCUACAAACGUGGUUAAAACUGUUAACACAAACAAUGUUAUUGAUAAAGAUGCUAUCAAAAAGGAUGAAGAAAUAGCCGCAGAAGAAGCUGCAAAAGAUAAAGAUAAGAAAUUAGAGAUAGCUGAAGCUGAGUUACAGAAAACUAAAGAAUUAUUAGAAAAGAAAGUUGAUGAGCUGAAACAAGAAAUAGUAAAGCAAAAUGAAGAAACACAAAAAUUAGUUAAUGAAAAACUGAGUAACAUAAUUGAACAAGUAAAGGAAAUUAAAGAAGAAGUAAAAGAAGAGAAAAAAAAUGAACAAGCUAAAAUUGAUGAAAGUCUUAAAAACAAUUUGAAUAUUCACAAUCACAAUGAAAUUAUUGAAAAAACACCUGAUAUCGAAGUAAAAACAAAAUUCAACCCACCGCAAGCAUCCCUAGUUGCCCAGUUGUUACAAAAUCUACCUUCAAAAGAAAUUAUACAGAAAGCCGAUUAUGCAACUAAUAUUACAAGUAAUGAAAUUACAAAAUUAGAGUCAAAUGUUAAAAUCUUAAAUAACGAUAACACAGGUAUCGUAAAAACUGAUUCAAAAUCAGAAAAGGAAAAUGAAAAAUUAAAAAUACAAGAAACAAAGGAAAAAGUUUAUGAACCAUUGUCUUAUAAAACCGGUGAAAUUUUAAAUAAAAUAAAUGAAACAAAAUCACAUUUCAUAGACAAUCGAGCAGCAAUACCAUUACCAUUGUUAAUCAAUUCAACUAAUAAUUCUAAAUUAACAAAAAUUAAUAAUGACAUUGAUUCCAAUAAUCUGAAUCAAUUAGUUAACAAUAAAAAUAUUUCAAAAGAUUUACUGAAUACUACAAAUUUAAAAGUAUCAGAUAACAAUAAUAGUAAUAUGACUAAAGAUUUAAGAAGUAAUGUAAUGAUUCAAUCAAUUAAAAAUUCAAAAAUAACUGAAAGUAAUAUUGAAGCAAUCCGAAGGGACAUACUAGAGGUAAAAGAAACUAAAACUGAAAAUAAUGAAAAAUUGAAUAGAGAGAAACGAGACUUAAAUAAUUUUGAUUAUAACCUACUUUUCACUAAUAAUGAUAAUGUAAAUUGUUUACCAGAUUGCAUUAAAAAUAAUGAACCUUUAAUAUUUACGAAUUUAUUUACGAACGAUCUGAAUAUUGGAUUAAAAAUAAUGACUGGCGGACGGGAUUUGAAAUCAAUUGAUGAAAACAAUGAAGAUGAAAAACAUUCAAAAUAAAAUACCAUCAUUUAAGAUGAAUUUUAUUUUUUUUAUUUUUCUUGUUUUUGAAUUAUUUAUUUUGAGAGAAUUUAAUUUUUUGAUGCAUUUACAACUUAUUGAAAAAAAGAAAACCAAAUUAUUAUUGUAAAAAAUUUGUAAUAAAGAGA